UUUUGACUCAGAAAUGCCUCAAUGGAAGCUCAGUAACUGGAAAAGAAAAGGUGCCUAUUGAACAAAAACCUUGUCAGAAGUCUACAGUUAACGGAGAUUCUGACCCUCAUCAUGGUCUUCACCCUGAUCUUGAACUAAGAACUUUAAGAGUUUUUCAAAGUAUAGACCAGUUCCUCUCCAAAUCUGAGUUGAAAAUAAUCCAUAAAAAGUCAGCACCAGUGUCUUCCUCUUCAGUACAAAAAGUGCACACAGAAUCAUCAGCACACUUUCUUAUAUCACCUUUCAAAAGUAAAAUAGAGGAAGUACUUGGGGUUGGGUUGCAGCUUAAGAAGACCGACUCAUUGGUACGUCAACAGUAUUUUGAAGGAACAGAAAAAUCACAAGAAUCUUCCUCAGGGCAAGGUUAUUGUCAUCCCCACCACUCCCUUUCUUCUAUUUCUACUUUGGGAGCCAUUAUUUCAAAUGUUGACCAAGACACAGCAACAUCACAAGCCAAUUUAAGUCAUGAACCAUGUUCAUCCAGUCGCCCUGUCAUGGCUGUGAAACCAUCGAAGAGUGAUGAAAGUCAAGCAGAUAGCCUCUCAAAAGACAGACAAAUUGAUAACUCUGUAAUGUCAAAAUUUGCCAAAAAUAAACAACCUAAAAUCCCUUUGGUCACCUCUACUACACGCACUACAAUGCUAUUGGAGAAACAGAGAGAAUGUUACAAAGGGACUUCUGAAGGAAUAAACAACGAUGCCCAAGAAGCCUCCAAACUUUUAGAGAAGAGCAGUUGGUCGCCACAUGUAGGUGACAGUAAGUCAAAGUAUGAUAAAGAUACAUUUGCAUGCCAAGAUCCUUUGUAUCAGAACGAAAGAAGGGACUCUUCAAAAUACAACAAGAUUUCUUCAUCAUCUCUCCCUGUUCAAACUUUUGGAUGUAUAAAAAGUUCAUCUCAACGUGUCAAUGGAAAACAUGGUUUCUCUACAAAUAGUUCAGCAGAUAGAGUUGGUCAGACAGCUACAGAGAGUCUUGACAUGGAUCAGAACGACUGCUUGAGUGCAUCAACUUCACUUGUGGACUACAAAGAUGACAACAGCAUUGAUGACAGUCUCUACCUGGGCCCUGAUAGCUCACUCUCAUGCACCGUCUACAACACCAACCGGAAGAGAUCUCAUUCAUUUCUGGAGCAGAUUUCUCAACGGUGCAUACAAGAUGACCCAACUGAGGCGUCAAUGGAACAGGAGUGCCUUAUCUUUUCAGAAAAAAUGAAACAGCUUCUGAAAAGAAGUAAAAAGGGAUCAAUCCACCAACCUGAGUCACAUGAAAAAUUGAAUCUGCCUUGCCCCAGUCCCGUGACUGUACACUUUUCAGGUCUAGAAGAGCGGGAGGAAACCGUGGAUCACUUGGAUGCACCGUCACUUUUUGGACAAAAAAUCAAGGUUCACAUGUCUGACAGGGAAGACCUGGAAGCCACCACAGAGGGGGGAAAGGCUUUACAUUCUAAAAAGUCAUCUGAAGGUACAGGCACACCAAUUGAAGAUGCUGGGGUGUCUACUGUGACUGCAGAAUGUGCCGAGCUGUAUGAGGAAAAGAUGAACAAUAUUUGUGCUGUCAGAAAAGUCCCAUCUACACGUAAGCACAUGGAAAGAGGUUGCCCAAGGUCUGAACCAAGUAAAUAUUUCGACUUCUGUGACCAAAUGAAGAGGGAGAUGGACAAUAGUUUUCGCAGUAAUCUGAACUCAGUUGUGAAGAAAUCUCGCAAAACUAAGUACAGAUUCUACAUAUUAGAGAUGUCAGAUGAUGUCUUCUUUGAGGAAACCAAGGUACAGUUGGAGGCAGAGGGCCACACUGCUGUACAGCCAUCUGAGUUUUUCCUUGAUACGGGUACUUCUUCAUCUCUUCUCAUCAUCCUCAGGAAUGAAGACAUUGCAGAGCACAUUUGUGAGGUCCCACACUUGUUAGCGCUGAAGAAGUCCCCUGGCGUGCAGUUUGCUGGGAUUGACGAAGCAGAUGAUGUUGUCAACCUCACCCAUCAGGAGCUCUUCACAAAGGGGGGUUUAAUAAUGUUGGACGGGGCAGCACUGGAGCCCCUCAGCCUUUGUGACAUGAAAAAAAUGUCAGAGAUCUUGCAAGGACUGAGUAAAACAGGGAAGUGGAAGUGGAUGCUGCAUUACAGAGACAGCCGUCGGUUAAAAGAAAAUGCAAGGUUGAGUCAAGAGGCAAAAGAGAAGAAGCAACUCCUAAACUGGUGCCAAGAAGCUGGAAUAAUUGAAGUGUUGCCUUAUCAUGAGUGUGACCUCAUGUCAAGAGAUCAGCCGGAUUAUCUCACAUGUUUGGUCCGCCUACAGGUCCAGAAUAUAUCUGCACGUUAUACUGUUUUUAUAACCGAUACAGCAACAGACAGCAAGUUUGAAAGUAAUGGAAUAAUAACGACGACAUUCAACUCGUUCUUGACGUGUUCUCCCAGUGAAGCGUUUUCAGCCUGAGUUGAAAAUGUCCGAUGGACAAACCCAAGUUGUGCUUUUUCAAUAAAACGGAAGCUCACUAAAUGAGGAGAAACUAGGAUCUACCUUCAAUGAAGAUAUACAACUCUUUUUUUUUUUUUUUUUUACAACAUGGGAUAAUCUUUAUUUAAUUGAGCAUUAACAAAUGACUAAUGGCUUGACAUGGUUUUCUUAAGGUUCAUUUGUAAACUGACUUAUAUUUCAGUCAAUAGAGUGUCACUGAUGCCAGUAUGAAGGCAGGUGAACUGUUUAUAAUGUAUGUAUUUUGUAUCGUAUUUUUAUUGUACAUGAUAGCAAUGAUAACUUGUUAAAAAAAGCUAUUUUUACAUAUAUGUAUAUUUCUUGUUCAGUUGCAGCCGUGGCUUGAUUAAUUUUCAGCACAAUCAUUUGUAGUGUUUUUUUAAAUUAUACAAUCGUUUUGGUCAAAAGGCUAUUCACAUACAUUUGAUUUGUUUUAGUACGUCAUUAUUAUUUUAUUGCAGUGUACAGGCUUUGCAAAAAACAAAAUUAAACUGUUUUCAAGUGUAACAUGUUCAAGUAUAUUACUGUUCACUGUUAUACUUUUCUGACUGAGAAAUAAAGAAGCAUUUCGUUGUUUCAUGAAUCUGCA